AGUAGCGGGGUUGUGUGUUGAUUGAACUAUCCUCGAACUGAGCCGUGUCAACGCAAAAAUGGCCAAAUCGUUAGUCAAAGGUUUGGUUCUUGUCUUCCUUCUGAAUACAUUUAUGGUGGAGCAGAGUGAAGCUGGUAAAGUCAAAGCUGCUAAAAAAGGCUAUGAAAGCGUGUUUGGAUCCGUUCUGGCUGCUAAUGAUGCAGUGAGGAAAUCCCUCGCAUUAGAAGCGAAUGCAAAAGAUACCGACUCUGAGAAAGCGAGCAAUCUCAAAGAGCAAUCAAUGAUUUUGUACCAAGGUGACAUAGUGUUGGAUCCGUACACCUACAAACUGAUAAAAGCUUCCAAAAUCAACAGAGCAAAACGAAAUGCUCACAGAUCCAGGAGCAGUCUAUGGACGUCGCGCACCAUACCCUACUUUAUACCGUCUAAAAUGGGUAAUGUUUGGUGUUCAUCAAUGAUUGGCAAAAUGUAUUUUAAAGCAGGAAAACAGAGAGUGUCAAUAGGGAAAAACUGUGAACAGCCUGGUACAAUCUUACAUGAGCUAGUACAUGCCAUAGGAUUCUGGCACGAGCAGUCAAGACCAGAUCGUGACAAGUAUGUAAGAAUCAACUACGAAAAUAUUGCAUCUGGUUUUUCAGAUCAAUUCGAUAAAUUUGACUGGCAAACUAUUGAUGAUCUGGGCAAAGAUUACGACUUCAAGUCCAUAAUGCACUAUGAUCGUUUUGCGUACAGUAAAAACCAACUACCCACUAUUGAAGCCAUACAUGAUCCGAACCUGAAGUUUGGCAACCAGAAGAAACGUUUGAGCGAAAGUGAUGUCAUCGAGAUUAAUGCUUUGUACGACUGUAACACCAACUAUCACGGCUGGACAGCAUGGUCACCCUUUACCCCGUGUGAUAAAAACUGCAUGAAGACACGCCAACGAUACUGUUAUCAUCCAAAGAACGAUUACACCCAGUGUGUUGGUGCUAAUCCUUAUGGUAUCCAGAAAGAGCAGCAACGCUGUACGAAGUGUCCCGUACCUAUUGAUGGUCACUGGGGUAAAUGGGGCCCCUGGACGCCAUGUUCCGCUACAUGUGACGAUGGCGGCAGUAAACGGACACGUCAGUGUAACAAUCCUGCCCCUGCCCACGGUGGAAAGAGUUGUCCAGGAAGUAAUGAAGAAGAUAAACUAUGCAUGGUAAAGAGAUGUAUCCUUGACGCUGAUGAUACAGACUUUGAAGACAACCGAAUGGGGAUUUGGACCAAUAGCAAACAAGAUAAUUUUGAUUGGACCUUGCUAAAAGGACAUACGCAAACUAUGGACACAGGGCCAUUACAUGAUCACACAUCUGGAAAGGGAUAUUAUCUGUAUACAGAGUCCUCUGCUCCAAGGGUCAAGGGCGACAAGGCUAUACUGUCUACGCGAUGGUUGCCCUACGUACCCGGUGGCCAGUGCGUCAAAUUUGCAUACCACAUGUUUGGCAAAGAAACCGGAAGUCUGGGACUAAAAUUGGAGCUACACGGUCGUGAUACAAAAUAUUACAUCUUCUACAAAAAAGAAAGUCAAGGGAAUGAAUGGAAGAGAGGCGUUGGUAGAAUAGACCCUCCAGCAUCAGUUGGAUAUAGGUUAAGUUUCGAGGCGGUCCUUGGUGGUACCGGAUACUCAGAUAUGGCCAUUGAUGAUGUAUACAUCGACCCUGGUCACUGUGACUGCCAGGAUGAUUAUGUUUCGUGCAAAAAAUGGGCAGCAUCAGGUGAAUGUUCCAAGAAUGCUGAUUGGAUGGCCAAACAUUGUAAAAGAAGUUGCCAGAAAUGUACCAAGGUAAUUCCUACAUCGAUGUUUAGUGAGAUACAAACAGUACCACUUUGCUCUGACAAGGACCCAUUCCAGUGUCCACUAUGGGCAGAUAGAGGCGAGUGUACUGCAAACCCAGUCUAUAUGAACAAAAACUGUGCGAAGAGCUGUGGCAUAUGUGGAUGCAAGGAUAGUGACCCUGUUCAGUGUCCCUUGUGGGCGGCCAAAGGCAUUUGUAAGAACAAUCCGGCAUUUAUGUUAGUCAAGUGCAUCAAGAGCUGCAAUGUCUGCCGUUGCCAUGACAAGGUCAUAAGCUGCCUUCUUUGGGCAUCAAAAGGCGAGUGCACUAAAAACCCAAAAUACAUGAAGUCAAACUGUAGGAGAAGCUGCAAGGUUUGCAAAUGAUGAUCAUAAACUGAAACAUUAGAACAAGCGCAGAGAGGAUCGUCUAUUAAAGUUACUCUAAUAGUUAAGUAACAUUUGGGACUCUUCACUUCAAGUGCUAGAUUUUGAGCUGGUUCUUGAUCUUAUUUGGAGGUUAAUAAAGUUUAAGACACAUAAUAUAGUAAUUUUCUGGAAUGUGUUUAUUUGUGCAUAGCACUUUUGGUCUUAGAUGAUCACAUACUGUAUGAUCUUGAAAUAAAGACAAUAACUGUU